CGCUUAAAAACUCCUAUUCCACCCACAAUGGCCUCAAGGGACCUUCCCCCAUCGACCGCGCCCUUCUUCCCCAACGUCUUCUUCUAUAACCAAUUCUGUGCCAAGCCCAACUGGCCACCCGCAACCACAAACCUCUCUGGUCAAGUUGCCAUAAUCACUGGAGCAAACAGUGGACUGGGAUAUGAGUGUGCAUUCCAGCUUCUAUCCCUUCAACUGAGCCACUUGAUCCUCGCUGUUCGCUCUCCCCAAAAGGGGGAAGCCGCAGCAGCUAAGCUUCGAGCCGUUAAUCCCACGUCAACAAUAGAUGUAUGGCCACUUGAUAUGAGCUCAUAUGCCUCCAUACAAAGCUUUGCAAAGCGGGUCGAAAACCAUCUUUCCAGUCUAGAUAUUGCUAUCCUCAAUGCUGGGGUGAGACAAGCCCAGUUCACCACCAAUCCGAACACCGGCCACGAGGAAACAAUCCAAGUCAACUAUCUCUCAACCAUGUUCUUAGCCAUCCUACUUCUUCCCAGCUUGAAGAAGAAAUCUCCGAGGGGAGUGUCGGGCCGAUUGACUAUCGUCAGUGCGGCAUUAUCGCUUCUGCCAAGCUUACCCGACGUGAAGGAUGCGCCACUUCUGAAGUUGUUCGAUCGCCGAGAUACAUUUGACGUCAAUAGCAGUUACUGCAUGUCAAAACUUCUAGCUCAUGCGUUUCUCUAUAAGCUGGCUGAAUAUGUCGCCGCAGAUGAUGUGAUUGUUAACCUAGCAGAUCCAGCCUUUGUGAAAGGCACGGACCUGGGGCGGGAUUCGCCUGCUUAUGCGAAGGCUGGGUUGGCGGUAUUUGGAGCAUUGACAGGAAGGACAGUCAAGGUUGGUGCAUCGACGUAUGUUGAUGCUGCUGUACUAAAAGGGAAGGAGUCGCAUGGGUGCUUUCUGAUGAGUUGGAAGAUUGAGCCGUUUAAUGCGUCGUUGUAUACGCCCGAGGGGAAGCAAUCUAUUGAGCAGCUGUGGCAGGAGACGAUAGAUGAACUUGAUUUUGCCGGUGUGCGAAGAAAACUUGAGACUCUGUAGUUCUCAAAAGGGCCGAAGCACCUACUCGCUGUCAUUUGAUAAUUGUUCCUCACAGCUGAAACCGGGUUCUUAGAUCUAUGAUAUUGAAGAGUUAGC